AUGAAGAUCCUUCUAAAAAUGAAUGCUGUUCAUUUUCUUCUGCUCUUCUGUGUCAAUCUGUUGCUUCCAUUUUUGUCUGAUGGUUUAGAACCAAAUAUUGAUAAAUUGAAAGGCGAAUUUGAUUGUUUUUCUUCUGAAAUGUUGAACAACAAAGUAGUUGGCGACGAAGGAGUGUAUUCAAAUAAAGGGGAUGAGUUCUAUGCAAUCGCUCCAAACAACAUGAAUAAGAAUAUCACAUUCCAAAUAAAUAUAAAUAAAUACCGUGAAGACUUAUUGCCAGACUCUGAAAAACAAGUAGAUGCUAUAGUUGAACGUGUUCCGCAAAAAGACAUUACGUGCAACUUUUUUGGUCUAGGGAAGGAAAAAAUGGAAUGUAACACUACAUUUACAAUGACCUGUGAAAUUGAUUACAAACAAAUUGAAGGAAAACAAUACGGUCUUCUUACGUUUAAAAUUCAAAGAAAAGAAGAGGAACCAUGCAUUGUUCAAUUCUCAACAAAUGCAAAAGGACUUUAUUUUCUCAUAAAUAAGAAUAAUACAAAGAAGACCGAAACGCUUGAUAAAUGUAUUGAAGCAAUCGAGUUUGAAUUAGCUACUACUUCAAUUGCUUCUUCAACAAAUAUUUCUUUAACAACGGAACAAAAUGAAACAAUUACAACAAAUAUUCAGACUUCUAAAAGUAUUUAUACUUCACCUCCAUCAAUUCCAUCAUCAACAGUUAUUGUCAGUAGUAAACCAACCAAAAAAGAACUUUCAUUUUCUGACUGUUUAACGGAUAUUAUUUUAAUUAUUUUGGUUGUCAUAUUAAUUUUGUUAUUGCCAAUUAUACUAUUUCUAAUCUUUUAUAAACCAAAACCUGUCAAAGUUGUUGGAAAAGAAGAUGAAACAACAAUUGUGGUAGAAGAUGGAAUGACAGAAGGAGGAAGUAUUAAAACUAAACAAGAGAAAGAACAUGGUAAAUUUAUGGCUGUAAAAACUAUUGCAUUGGAGUCUGAUCAAGCUGAUUCUGCUGAAGAUUUAGGCCAAACAGGUCUUACAAAUAUUGCUGAUAAUUCGGAAAUAAGUGAAAGGCCAGAAAAAGUUCAACAUAAUGAGGAAGAAGACAAAAAAAGUGAAGCGAGGGGUGUGGGAACGGAUACAGAGCAACAUAAUGAAGAACAACGUAGAAGCAGAGAUGGUGUUGAAGUGCCAGAAACUAUUAUCCACACACCAAUGGAACAUGGAGGAGUGGAACAAGGAGUGGAAGUUCCUCUAUAUGAAGAAAUGUAA